GAACACUAUCACACACAAGCACUUAGAGUAACUUCAGGGGCAAUCUUGUAUCCUGUACAAGAAUCCCCAGAUCACUGGCUGUGCUUCAUGUAUUCUACCUGCUUUCACUUGGAUUGCUGUUUGCCUGCUAUUCGAGAGCAUUGAAGUUUCUUCUGCAUGGCUUUGUCAGCUAUAUUAACCCUAAACUGACUUCAUGGUCAACAUACUUCUUUUUCCUUCUUCAUUCUCUUGUGGAUUAAUAUAUAAUCUGGCAGGGGAGGAAUAAACAAAAACCCAUUGGAGUUAUCAGGCUGGUAUAUCUGCAGAUCUGACCUGAACAUUGGGAAGCAAGAAAAGUCUAUCAGUCUGAUAAUGGAUGACUACAAUGUCUCUGCGGAGAGUCCUCAGAUUGGCCAAGGCCGGCAGAACGCAAUUAAAUGUGGAUGGCUACGGAAGCAAGGAGGCUUUGUCAAAACCUGGCACACUCGUUGGUUUGUCCUCAAGGGAGACCAGCUCUAUUAUUUCAAAGACGAAGAUGAAAUGAAACCUUUGGGUACAAUAUUCUUGCCUGGAAACAGAGUUGUAGAGCAUCCUUGUAAUGAGGAAAGUCCUGGGAAGUAUCUGUUUGAAGUUGUUCCAGGAGGAGACCGGGAGCGGAUGACUGCAAACCAUGAAACAUAUCUUCUUAUGGCCAGCACGCAGAAUGACAUGGAAGACUGGGUCAAGUCUAUCCGCAGGGUUAUAUGGGCGCCUUUUGGAGGAGGCAUCUUUGGUCAGAAGUUGGAAGACACCGUAAAAUAUGAAAAGAGAUAUGGAACUCGCCUCGCCCCCAUGUUGGUGGAACAAUGUGUAGACUUUAUCAGACAGAGAGGGUUGACAGAAGAAGGACUAUUUAGACUUCCUGGUCAAGCUAACCUUGUCAAGGAAUUACAGGAUGCCUUUGACUGUGGGGAGAAGCCAUCUUUUGACAGUAACACAGAUGUCCACACGGUAGCAUCACUGCUGAAGCUUUAUCUAAGAGAACUCCCAGAACCGGUCAUUCCAUACGCCAAGUAUGAAGAUUUCCUUUCCUGCGCAAAGCACCUCAGCAAAGAAGAGGAGUCUGGAGUUGCAGAAUUGGCGAAACAAGUGAAAAGUCUACCCCAGGCAAAUUAUAACCUCUUAAAGUAUAUUUGUAGGUUCCUGGAUGAAGUCCAGUCCUACUCGGGUGUAAAUAAAAUGAGUGUACAAAACCUGGCAACAGUGUUUGGUCCAAAUAUUUUACGUCCAAAAGUGGAGGAUCCCAUGACUAUAAUGGAAGGUACUGUACUUGUGCAGCAGCUAAUGGCUGUAAUGAUAAGUGAACAUGAAAUCCUUUUCCCCAAAGAUACUGAUGGUCAGAUUGGACAAGAGCUAAGUAACAACAAUAAUGACAUCCAGAAGAAAGUAAUACUGGGCCAGAUGCACAACAAGGAAAACAAUAAUACAAAAGAUGUAGCAGUCAGGAGGUGCUCUUGGGAAAAGACAGAGUCCCCACAGAGGUCAAGUGUAGAAAAUGGUUCUCCUACUACACUGUGUGGAAGUAAAUCUAACAGUCCAAGGAACAGCAUUCACAAACUCGAUGUCACCAGAAGUCCACCAUUAAUGGUGAAGAAAAACCCAGCUUUUAAUAAGGGCAGCGGUAUUGUCACCAAUGGGUCUUUCAGUAGCUCUGUGGAAGACAAGCACCACUCAUUACCUAACGGUACUUUACAGGCCAGAAGGACAUCCUCACUGAAAAGUUCUGGAACCAAAAUGGGUACUCACAGUGUUCAAAACGGUGCAGUGAAAAUGGGGGUGUCCGGCACAGAUACCUUAAGCAAUGCCUUGAACAACCGGACCCAAAACUGGUUGCAUAAUGGAUAUGUCACAUUAAGAGACAACAAACAAAAAGAUUCUGCCAGUGAUUCUGCACAGCAGCAUAGAUUGUCCACCUAUGAUAAUGUUCACCAACAGUUCUCCAUGAAUUCAGAGGACAAACAAAGCAUAGACAGUGCAACCUGGUCUACAUCUUCCUGUGAAAUAUCCCUUCCGGAAAACUCCAACUCCUGCCGCUCAUCUACAACAACGUGUCCAGAGCAGGACUUUUAUGGGGGCACUUUUGAAGAUCCUGUGUUAGAUGGACCCCCUAGUGAAGAUAUUACUAAUCAAACAGACUUUGAUAACAAAUUUGACAGAAGAAGUGCUGGAGGACGUAGCAGCCGGGCAACCAGCAGCAGUGACAACAGUGAAACCUUUGUAGUGAGCAACACAAGCAAUCACAGUGCUCUUCACAGUCUUGUAUCCAGUCUGAAGCAAGAGAUGACAAAGCAGAAGAUGGAAUACGAGACAAGAAUGAAAAGCCUGGAACAGAGGAAUCUUACUCUGGAGACAGAGGUUGUAUCUUUGCAUGAGGAGCUUGAGCAAGAGAGGAAAAAAUACACAAUGGUGGAGAUUAAAAUGAGGAAUGCAGAACGUGCCAAGGAGGAUGCGGAAAAGAGAAACGACAUGUUGCAGAAGGAGAUGGAGCAAUUUUUCUCAACUUUUGGUGAACUGACAGUGGAACCACGUAGACCAGAGCGAGGGAACACCAUAUGGAUCCAAUAAAGAGACCCAAAAUGUGCAGGACUUGGAGAAGAAACUGCUGACUCUAUUAUGGACGAUGAUGUACAGGUGGCUGGUCACCUGGCUGAAGCUAAUGCUAACUGUACCAAGGGCAAGAAUGAUGAACAUCAAACAUAGUAUUCACCUAAUAAUUGUUCCAUAAUGCUAAUGCCAAGCGCUUCAACUGGAUAUGUGUACAUAGAGUUAAAAAAAAGUGUUAUGUUAUAUUAAAAGAGAAUUGUAUUACAAAAA